AUGCCGCGCUCCAUAUCAGCAACAUGCCUCUCCCUCCUCCUAGCCCCCUGCUGGGCCCAACCAUCGGCCCCAAAAGGUCUAAGCCUAGGCCUCCUCCCCCGACAAUCACCCCCAACACCGCCCGACGGCGGCUUCGGCGCCCUCGGGUGCCUCCCCAUCACAGCGAGCAACGCAACAGUGGAAAUCACACCAGCCGGCCCGCCCGUGACCCUCGAGACAACGGGCGUCUACCUCCGCGCGGCCGGGUCCGUCGACGACGGGCUGUACCUAGGGUACGCGGUCCGCGAGGGCUUUGCGAAGGCCCUGCGGACGUACCGGUCAGACGACGGCGGGGGCUCGUGGGCGCGGCUCGGGGACGUGGAGCGCGCCGCGGACAACCGCACGAGGGAGCUGGACAACGCGUUCCCGCUCGUGCUGCCGCCCGGGUUCCCCGGGACGGGCGGGCCGCCCAACGGCUCGUCCCCCAACAACAACACCGGCACCAACUCCAGCGCGACUGGUAAUGGGGUCGGGGGCGGUAGGAGCAGGAUCCUCUACGCCUACAGGAACCACGACCGCUCGCCGAACAACACCCUCGGCGUGCCGGGCGGCUACACCACCUACCGCCUGACGGUGUCGGCGUCCGACGACGGCGGGGCCAGCUGGAGCUUCCUCGGCGACGUCGACACGCGGGCCGCCAACAACGGGUCCGCGGCCCUCAACGGGCUGUGGGAGCCGUUCCUGCGGGUCGCGGGGGACGGGCGCACGCUGCAGGCUUAUUACUCGGCCGAGAACGACGCCGGGGACCAGGACAGCCUGCUGCGGGAGUCGGCGGACGGGGGCCGGACGUGGGGGGAGCGGCGGGUCGCCUCGGGCGCGGGGAGGGUGCGGAGCCGGGACGGGAUGACGGGCGUCGCGAGGCUCGGCGAGGGUGGCGAGGGUGGUGGGGAUGACCAGCGGCUGAUAUUGCUCUUCGAGACGACCGAGUCGGGCCGCUUCGACAUGCGCCGCGUCCUGUCGCCCGACGACGGGCGGACGUGGCCCGCCGACACGCGGGCGCGGGUCUACGACCCGCUUGACGAGGAGAAGCAGGCGUCCGCGCCGGCCGGGGUGAUUAAUGUCGGGGGCACGCUGGUCGCCGGGUUCAUGACGAACGAGGGGACCAACGGCAGCGGGACCGUGCCUGGGGACUUCAAGGUUGUCAGCAGUGUUGACGACGGGGAGACGUGGAGCGAGAGCGUGCUCAUUGCGGGCGAGGCGAUCUGGCCUGGGCUGUACGCGCUCGGGAGGGAGAAGUUUCUGGCCCUGUAUAGCUUUGAUACUCACGAGGGGGAUUAUGUCGCUGCUACUAGGGUGUUCGAGGUGCUGAGGGCCUAG